UCAGUGCGCUACUGGUGGGUGUAGAUUAUGUUCGUGAUUGUUGAUUGUGUUUGAUGUUUUUUGGGUUGUCGCCGUUCGAUGUUUGUAGCAUUCCUGUCCGCCGCCCCCACCACAUGACGGACUUCCUGGCUGGCGCGAAACCGGUGUAUAUGGGGGGCAGCGAAGCGCGCACUCUCGCAGUUCUUGCCACACGUAUUCCGAAGUCGUGCCCGUUGCCCGUCGCAGGAAUUGCCGUAACGACGCUCCCGCAAGAAAAAGAAAACUCCCCGCCGCAACUUUGCCUGCAUCGUCAUGGGUUUGAAGCAGAACGUCGUCGUCGCUACGGUCUUCCUACUAGUGGUCCUCCUGCAAGAAGGUUUGGCGCUCUCGUGCUUCCAGUGCAACAGCCAUAAUGAUACGAGGUGUGCAAUGGAGCAGGUACCCGAGGACUUGGCCUCACCCUGCCCGGAAAAGAAUGCCGACGACAAGCCCUACAUUCUUUGCAGGAAAAUUAAGCAAAUGAUUGACUUCGAAGUAAACGGAUUGCCGCCAGAUAGCCGUGUGAUUCGCUCCUGCGGUUGGGAUGAUCGCACUUACAAGAAUCGUUGCUAUCAUCGCUCAGGCUUCGGUGGUCGGCAGGAGGUGUGCGCAUGUGAAGGCGACAAGUGUAAUGGUGCUGGUAGUCUUGCCGCCCCCGUGCUACUGCUGGCUGCGACGCUCGCCGCUAUGCGAAUUGCGCUGUGAGCCGCCGCACCGCACGGCUCUUAGCGAAAUUGCCGAACGACGACACCCCAACUAGAGUUUACUAUAAUUUAUCUAAUUUACGGUCAGACCAGCCACUCUCCUCAACUAGCUCAUCAUCGAUCGUGGCGAAUUCAUCACGACCGGCCGUCAGCCAUCACACAUUCGAAACGCUGCUUUUCUGGACACCUACAGUCGCAAUCGACACUCAGGCCUUCAACACACGUAACUGAUGAGGCAAUGAUGUAAUCGAAAUCACCGGCAACUAGAAUAAUUACGUAAAGAUAAUAAAAUACGGUACAAAUGCAUGAUCGUUCAGAUUGUUUAACAAUAAGCACCAGUUGUUAAGGAAUUUGUUUGUUUUACAUAGCAUUAAGAUGAAUGAUACCAUCGGAAGUUUGUCUGUUUGAUUGAACGAUUUUGCUAAAAAAAACUGCCAUUUACAUAUAGUCAAUGUCACACUUGCACCAUAUGCAAUAUGUAAUAUUAGCCGGGAAACGAAUGUUGUAUUGUCGCACGCGAAACGUUCUGAUCAUAACUUUUUUUUGCGCUCAAGCCAUUUGAAAAACUCAAUCAAACUUUUGGAAUAUUGUUAGUUAUACUGAAAUCAAACGCUCUGAAAUGUUAGUACUGUUAAAGAAAAUAUUUUUUUGAAAAUUUGUUGUAUUGGUUAUAUAAAAUUAUAUAGAUAUGAAUAAAAUUUGUUUAGAUCA